CAGACAUGCAGAGGGAAAUAGGGAAGCAGUGAGUCUACAAAUCUCACAGCAUAUUUGUCUCUGAUCACAGCAUCCAGAAACAGAUCUCAAGAUGAAGUUUUUGCUGCUGUUGGUGAUGCUGACAGCGUGUGAUGCAAGUCCACAAGAUCUGUCGGGUAAAAUGUUUACCUUCCCACAACAAACCAAAACCGCUCGGGUAAGGCUAACAGCAUCAAGACGGGAUUUCACUACUUUAACCGUGUGUCACAGGUCCUUUACAGACCUCAAAAGAGACCACACUUUCUUCUCUAUGUCCACACCCGCGAAUUCCAAUGCCUUCCUGAUGAUCUGGGAUGACGCAAACAAGGAGAUGGAGCCUCAUAUCUGUGAUAAAAAGGCAGAAUAUGGAGGGCAGGACUACAAGCCGAACAUGUGGCACUCCAUUUGUACCACAUGGGACUCUGCGUCUGGUCUGGUGCAGCUGUGGCUUGAUGGAAAACCUUCGAUGAGGAAAUUUGUCAACUCUGGAACAAGCAUCAGAGGAUCCACUAUAAUCAUCUUAGGACAGGAGCAGGAUUCCCAUGGUGGGGGAUUUGACAUGAUGCAGUCUUUCGUUGGCAUGAUGUCUGACGUCCACAUGUGGGACUACGUCCUCUCCUCCUGUGAGAUCCAGAAGUACAUGGAUGAACUCAACUUCACUCCAGGGAAUGUCCUCAACUGGAGUGCGCUGGAGUACGAGAUCAUCGACAGAGUGCUGUUAGAAGAUAAGCGAAAACUAAUGACCUGUUAGCUUAUGACGAAACCAUCUAUAUUUUAGAGAGUAAUCGACAUCUAAAGUAUAACUAAAGUUCAAUGAAUAUUUGUGAACAUGAGCUACUUUCUCUCAAAGCCAGAAACCAAAGAAGUAAGACAUGUAAUGUCAUGGUAUAAAGUCUGGGGCUGCUCCACAGACAAUGAAUGGGAGACUGAUUGGACCCAUAGAAUGAGCUUAGUUCUACUGUAUUGUUCUCAGUUCUGAAACAGAAGAUGUACCUUUAUACUCACCUAGAAUAUCCACAACAGCUCCCCCAAAUUAUUAUAUAUGGAGCAGAUCUAGAUUUUAUACCCUAUGACAUCGCAAAUUUGAGUUUUAGCUCUCUAGUUUUUUGAUUUUGGAGUGAGUUGUUCAUCUUUGCUAAUAUUUUUGGACUGUCUUCGACCAACGUACCCUCAUAAAAUGGUUCCUAUGAUGUCCUAUGAUGAUCUUUAACGUACAGUUAUAUAAUAACUCAAAGUUACAGAGGUUAGGUUAAGGCAAGUAAAGUUACUGUGGUUAGGUUAAGAAUACUGAAUGUAGCUGGUGCUGACAAGAGCAUUGUUUACAUGUUGCCAUGACAACACCGGAAGUCAUAUGUGAGAUCCCUUUAUAAUAGUUGAGUGGUUUUCUUGUGCUGUUCUGGGGGACUUUGUUUGCUGUCGAGCUGGAGUUAUUAUUGUGUUGUCUUUGUUAAAUUCAUGAUAAUAAAUAUGUUUUCUUUGUAAAUCACAUGACCAUGACCCGGAGGUUAAUGCAGAGAGAAAAGACGGGCGGAAACUGAAGGUGACUGAAAUGCCAAGUGUAAACAGUGGACUUUUAUGCUCCCUUCUAUGAUCCUACAGCUGGUCUCCCAGGAGAACACUUUUUCAUGGUGUUCCAUGAUACUUCUAUGAGCAAUUAAUGUAAACAUGGACAUCAGUAUGAAGCGUGGACUCUUUCAUGACCAGUGUAGAUACAAUGAAACAUGUUGAGGACAUACCUGAAAAUGUUGCAAAGUUCACUUAAAGUCCCCAGGCUUCCAAAUAUGCGUCUCUUUACAACACCACUCAGGACUGCUUCCUUGUUUACUCCUGUCAUCACAAUGUUCUCGUGAUCACAGCCUUUCAAAAUACAAGGGAUAUGUAUGAAUUUGGGUGCAUUACUUUUCGUAGGAAAUCAUACAAACAGUUAAUAAGAGCAGCUUGCUUAGACUAUGAGAAUAGUGUGAAUGAAUUUUGAAAAUUCCACUGAAAGUUUCACUUUUCUAAGAUGGAAACAGGAACUGCGAGAGUCCAAUGGAUUUAGGGACCACAAUGUGACAUUCAGCAGUGUUUUACAACAUGCAGUUUUUAAGUAAAUGUCAGUCUACAGUCUGUGUAUGCAUCGAUUAUGCUCACUAACAUUAUUUCUGAUAUAUAUUCAUUUCCCUAUAGCUUGGAAUAAAAAGUGCAUCAAAUCACAUUAUUGUGAUAAUCAGACACAGAAUCAUCCCUCUACAUCUAAGCCUGUGGAUCUGACAGCUUGAUUUUUUUUAAGGUCAUGCCCCCUACUGGACAAACUUUGAUGAAUGCACCUUUAAUUGAGAUUUGAUCUUUCUAUGAAUUGCACUGAUCUUGGCACCUGUCUGCAUUUUUCUGACACUGAAAUAAACAAUGUCUUGAUUCAAUGGGACAGCAAUA